GGUCUCAGUUCUCUUCCUGGUCUUUCUGAUCUCCCUGCUCGUCUCGGUCUUGUUGCUUGUCCUGGUCAUCUUGAUCUUAAUUCUCAUCCCGGUCAUCCUAGUCUUCCUGUCUGAUUGCAAGUUGGCCACUCUGUACUUUAAGGCUGUCGACUUUACGCAGUUUACGAAGUAGCCUCGGUCUAAAGUUAAUUCGGGUUCUGAAGUGGAUCAGGAGUCAUGGCGCCAAAGAGGAGGGCUGCAGCCUCCCGCAAGGCAGGAGGGAAGAAGGUGAAGGUGGAGCCGGAGGAGGAGACGCCAAAGCCCCAGGACGCCUUCAGGGCGGCCAAGGAGGCCCUGAAGGCGUCCGGGCCGGAGGUCAAGGGGAGCAGGAAGGUGGAUGAGCGUUGCGGUAUCCCCAGUGCCGAGGUGUUUGAAGACUACGACUGUAUGCUGAACCAGACCAACAUUGAAGACAACAAGAACAACAACAAGUUCUACGUGAUCCAGGUCCUCAAGGCAGACGAUUCCUACUACUGCUGGAGCCGCUGGGGCCGCGUGGGAGAGGCGGGGAAAGGGGCGUCCUCCAGCCCCUACAGCUCAGACCAGGCCAUCAAGGACUUUGAGAAGAAGUUCAAAGACAAGACGAAGAACAACUGGGCGGACCGGGACAACUUCGUGGCCCAGAAGGGGAAGUACACCCUGAUCGAGGUGGACGGGGAUGCUGACGCCGAGAUCAAGGUGGACGAGGUGGACGGGAAGGCGGUGAAGAUCGUCAAGAACGUCCUUCCAGUCACUCUGGACCCUCCGACCCAGAAGCUGGUGGAACUCAUCUUCAGCCAAAACAUGUUCAAAGAAGCGAUGGAAUGCAUGAACCUGGACAUUAAGAAGAUGCCCUUAGGCAAGCUGAGUAAGAUGCAGAUCGCCAAGGGCUUCGAAGUGCUGGAGGAGAUGGAGGCGGCGCUGGCCCGGAGGAGCCCCAGGAAGGCGCUGGAGGCGCUGUCCUCGCGCUUCUUCACCACCGUGCCGCACAACUUCGGCCGUAGCCGCCCGCCCGUCAUCGACCAACAGGAGAUCAUCGACAAGAAGAAGGAGAUGCUCAUGGUGCUGGCCGACAUUGAGAUCGCCCAGACUCUGCAGUCGGAGACGGAGAAGGCUCUGGCGGAGGAGAAGGUGGAGGACGUCCCUCACCCCGUGGACCAGAACUACAACUCCCUGAAGUGCAGCCUGGAGCUCCUAGAUGGCGCCACAGAGGAGUUCAAGGUCAUUGAAAAGUAUCUGAAGGUGACGGCCGACGACCACAACCCCCCAAAGAUCAACAACGUCUGGAAGGUCAAUCGAGAGGAUGAGGGGGCGCGCUUCCUCGAGAACGACAAGCUGGACAACCGGCGUCUGCUGUGGCACGGGACCAACAUCGCGGUGGUGGCGGCCAUCCUGAAGGGCGGUCUCCGCAUCAUGCCUCACUCCGGGGGCCGCGUGGGGAGAGGGAUCUACUUCGCCUCGGAGAACUGCAAGUCUGCUGGAUACGUGUGCACCUCUAAGAACACGGGCGUCAUGUUCCUGAACGAGGUGGCCCUGGGGAAGGAGUUCACCAUCACCAAAGACGACGGCUCCCUGAGGAAGGCUCCCGACGGCUACGACAGCGUGGUGGCCCGGGGCCACGUGGAGCCAGACCCCUCCAAGGACACCACCAUCACUCUGGAUGGCAAGGAGGUGGUGGUGGCCCAAGGGAAAGCCCUGAAUCAGAGUCGUUUCAAGCAGAGCCACUUCUCCAACAGCGAGUACCUCAUCUACAAGGAGAGUCAGUGUCGCAUCCGGUACCUUCUGGAGCUGAACAUGCACUGAGCGUAGGAGGAGGUCCUAGCGUCACUUCCUCACCCGUCUUAUGGGGUCUGGCUUGGAAGCUUUUGCUGCACUAUUUGCUUGUUUUUUGUCUAACUCAAGCUCUAGGAAUUAGGGUUAGCUAACCCUAUCUCAAGGUCUAAGAGUUAGGGUCAGCUAACUAAAGGUCAAAGUUAGGGUUAGCUAAAUAAAGGUCUUAGAGUUAGGGUAAACUAACUCAAGGUCUAAGAGUUAGGGUAAGCUAACUAAAGGUCAAAGAGUUAGGGUUAGCUUACCCUAACUCUUAGACCUUGAGACCUUUAGUUAUAAAUGCACUUAAUAGCUCGGUUAUAUAACUAUAUAUAUAACUUGGAAAUUUUGGCCUGUUUGACUGGACAUUUUCCACAGUGAAUCGAUAAAAAGGUGCCUUAUAUAGUCAGCUCUGUCCCUCUAAAGAAUUGUUAACACAUGGAACAUUUCUUGUCUUCUACCACUGGAAGUUUGUUAAAAUGCUAUCUUCUGUCCUUCUCCCUGGCUUCGCUUUCUUUUGUCACGAGAUAUUUUGAAGGCUUCUGAUACAUCUAGUUUGUGGUGUAGUUGCGAUUAAUAGGUUUUAGGGUGCAAUGUGGCCCUUAUUUAUCUAGAGCACCAUGCAUAGUUUUGCAAUUUGCACAGUUCGGUACAUCUAGAACGUAUGUAAAUCGAGAAGAAUGUACCUGCAUGCCAUGCUAUAUCUGCUACUCGGUAUCAUCUGAUGAAUACACUAGUGAUAAAUAAUGCACUAUAUAUGUUUACAGAACAUUUUAGAAAUAUAUAAGUGCUGCUAUAGGGAUAUUGCAAUAAUUUUACAAAAAAUAUAUAAUGUAGGUUUUUACUGCCUAAUAUUAUGGUUUAAUAUAACAUAGUUAUUACUAAAAGUUGCUUCGCUAUUGUAUUUACCCAAAAUAUAUUCCGGUCAAGUUCUUUUCUCCACCACUGGGUGUCGCUGGCGUCCAUUCUGGUUCUAUAUUGAAUUCUACUGCCUUACCCUUUUUGCACCAUGACCGCCCUAUGAAGAGUCAAUAAACAGUACUGACCACCUCC